AUGACAUCUGUUUCUGCUGGUCAAAAACAUAGCAUUGCUUCCAGUAAUGGGGAUUCUUCUUCGAAAAGGGUGAAAUUGGAGAAGAAGAACCCAGUUUCUGGUGCCCAUUCAAUGCCUAUUGCCUCUUUGCAAUCAGAUGAUUUGCAAGUACACACAAAAAAAGAACCGAUAAACCAUACCAUUCUUGCAAAGCGCGAAACCUCAACGUUUGAACAGGAAUUGCUCUCUAUGACUGAGGAUGUGGAAUUGGAUUCUGGUAACGACAAUCCCGAAAAAUCGUGGGAAAGACCUCUAGUGGAUAUCAAUCCCCAAAAAAACGAUAUUUCAUUCCAGCAAUUGGAUGGUGAUGAAACUACUAUUGGCCCAAGCUCAGCAAUCAGAUUUUAUGGGGUCACUGCCGAAGGUCACUCUGUUCUUUGUAACAUCAUUGGGUUCAUGCAUUACUUUUAUGUUCCUGCCCCAUCAGGUUUCAGACAAGAACAUAUUGAAGGUUUUAAGAGAUACUUGGGAGAAAAUUACAAGUCAAUUUAUGAUGUUCAAAUAACCGACAAAGAGUCGAUUUGGGGGUAUAAUGAUAAUCAAAAGUUGCCAUUUUUAAAAAUUAUUGUUUCAAAUGCUGGAGACAUAUCCAAAGUGAGAACAGGAUUUGAGAAAGGAUACAUUCGUUUUGGAGAGUUUUUCCGCGGAGGUGGAGAUAGUUUAAUGACUUAUGACAAUAUCAACUACUUGCUUAGAAUGAUGAUUGAUUGCAAAAUUACUGGUAUGAGUUGGUUGACCAUCCCAAAGAAGUGCUACUCCAUGGUUCGCGAUAAAGUUUCUACUUGUCAAAUCGAAAUCACCGUUCACUACACAAAAAUUAUUUCUCAUCCUUCGGAAGGCGAAUGGCUUAAAACCGCUCCGUUACGUAUUUUAAGCUUUGAUAUUGAAUGUGCCGGAAGACCUGGUGUCUUCCCUGAAGCCGAAAAAGAUCCAGUUAUUCAGAUUGCCAAUGUUGUUCAAGCAAAUGGUGAUGCCAAACCGUUUAUCAGAAAUGUAUUUACCGUUAAUACAUGUGCUUCAAUUGUUGGAUCACACGUGUUGGAACAUAAAACUGAACAGCAAAUGUUACAAAAAUGGAGGGAAUUCGUGGUGAAAUGUGAUCCCGAUGUGAUCAUUGGAUACAACACCUGUAACUUUGAUUUGCCAUAUUUGAUUGAUAGAGCAAAGGCUCUAAAAUUAGACCACUUCCCAUAUUUUGGGAGAUUGAAGCUCAGCAAGCAAAAAGUCAAAGAUGCGAUGUUCAAUUCUAAAGCUUUUGGUAGUAGAGAAUCUAAGGAAAUUAAUAUCGAGGGGAGAAUUCAAAUUGAUUUGUUUCAGUUUAUUCAAAGAGAAUUCAAGUUAAGAUCUUACUCUCUUAAUUCGGUGUCGGCCCAUUUCUUGAACGAACAAAAAGAAGAUGUGCACCACUCGAUCAUCACUGAUUUGCAAAAUGGUGAUAGCGAAACCAGAAGAAGACUCGCAGUCUAUUGUUUGAAAGAUGCGUACUUGCCACUACGAUUAUUAGAAAAGUUAAUGUGUUUAAUUAACUAUACCGAAAUGGCGAGAGUCACUGGUGUUCCAUUUGGUUAUUUGUUGACCAGAGGUCAACAAAUCAAGGUUAUCUCUCAAUUAUUUAGAAAAUGUCUUGAACAUGAUUUGGUGAUUCCGAAUCUUCCAAGACAAGGCGGAAGUGAUGAGCAGUAUGAAGGUGCCACCGUCAUUGAGCCAAUCAGAGGGUAUUACAGUGUUCCUAUCGCCACUUUAGAUUUCGCUUCUUUGUAUCCAUCUAUCAUGAUGGCUCAUAAUCUCUGCUACAGUACUUUGUUGACUAAAAAGGCGGUGGAAGACUUCAAGUUGGUAAAAGAUGUCGAUUAUGAAGAGUCUCCUACUGGUGAUUUAUUUGUUAAGUCGAACAAGAGAAAGGGGAUAUUGCCAACUAUUUUGCAGGAAUUGUUAGGAGCAAGAAAACAAGCGAAAAAAGAUAUGAAGAAUGAACCUGAUCCAUUUAAGAAAAGUGUUCUUAAUGGUAGACAAUUAGCAUUAAAAAUUUCCGCCAACUCGGUCUACGGUUUUACUGGGGCAACUAUUGGUAAAUUACCAUGUUUACAAGUUUCAUCGUCGGUCACUGCAUACGGUAGAGAAAUGAUUCAGAAGACCAAAGAAAAGGUUAUGGAAACAUAUAAUAUCAAGAAUGGAUUCAAGUAUGACUCGGUGGUUGUGUAUGGUGAUACCGAUUCUGUUAUGGUCAAGUUUGGAUAUGAGGAUUUGGAGACUUGUAUGAAGAUGGGAGAGGAGGCCGCGGAUUUAGUUUCUGAGAUUUUUCCUAACCCUGUGAAAUUGGAAUUCGAAAAAGUUUAUUACCCAUACUUAUUGAUUAACAAGAAGAGAUACGCAGGUUUGUAUUGGACUAAUACCAAAAAGUUUGAUAAGAUGGAUACUAAGGGUUUGGAGACGGUGAGAAGAGACAAUUGUAAAUUCGCAUCGAAUGUCAUUGCCAAAGUGUUGGAUUUGGCUUUGAUUGAUCGUGAUGUUGAAGCUGCUGAAAAUUUUGUUAAGAAGAUGAUUAGUGAUUUAUUAAAUAAUAAGGUCGACAUUAGCGAGUUGAUUAUCACUAAACAAUUAGCAGCAGAAUACAGUGCAAAACAAGCCCAUGCAGAAUUGGCUAAGAGAAUGUAUGAAAGAGAUGCUGGAUCUGCUCCAAAUAUCGGGGAUAGAGUCCCAUUUGUUAUUGUCAAGAAAGGUGAUAAGGUUCCUGCUUAUAUGAAGGCUGAGGAUCCAUUGUACGUGGUCAGAAAUGGUCUUUCAAUCGAUUCAAACUAUUACUUGACCAAUCAGCUUUCCAAGCCAUUGAUCAGAAUCUUUGAACCGAUGAUUGGUGAAGCCAAGGCUAAUAGUUUGCUUACUGGGGCCCAUACCAGAAAAGUCACGGUUGCCAGGAGCACUGCCAACAAAGGUGGUUUAAUGAGGUUUGCUAAAGCAGUGAACACUUGCAAAGUUUGCAAGUCUCCAAUUAAGGGAGAAGGGGUGUUGUGUAACAAUUGUAUAGAUAAGGCAGAUGAAAUAUAUGCCGAACAGUUGGCAGAACAAGAUGCGCUACAACAGAAAUUUGCUAGACUAUGGACUCAAUGUCAAAGAUGUCAAGGUUCCUUGACCCAAGAAGUUAUAUGUUCCAAUAAGGAUUGUUCGAUCUUUUAUAUGCGAGAAAAGUGUGCUAUGGAUGCUGAAAAUCUUGCAAACGAAUUGGCAAAAUGGUGA